AUGUACCAAACUGCUGCUCCUCAAUAUCAAACUCAAACUCCUUUCGCCGUGUACGGAAAUACUCACAUUACCUACACCUCAAAUCCUCAACACUCCAGAAAUUCAUCAAAUUCAUCGAUAUCAAGACAUUCUCCCGAUACUUCCUUUGCAUUAGAACCAACUGGUUACACUACUCAAUUGAGUUAUCGAUUUGAUCCUUCAGUUAAUACUACUGCUAACACAAUGACCGGUCAACAAGACAUUACAAAAUCUUCUCCUGUUUCAUCAGUAUCAUCUACAUCUUCAUCAGUUACUUUAUCACCUGAAAAUAGUUCAAACAUUUUACCGCCAUUAUCUGAAGUAUUUUCAACUUCUUCCGCACAUAAUAAUAACGGACAACAACAAUCAUCAGGAUCUCCAACUCAAUCUCAAGUUGUUCCUCAACAGCAAGUACAAUCCCAACCAUCAUCAUCAAAUAAUUUCUUCCAAUAUUCUGAUGUUAAUGCCGCCGCAGCUGCUUCUUUCGCUGCCGCACAACAGGCCGCAGCUCAACAAGCUGUUGCCGAAGGAGCAAAUUUUUCUAAUUCCUCUAUUGUUUCUCAAGGACAACAACAAAUGUCUUCAAACAUUCCAGUUGUCGACCCUCGUUCUCUUCCAAGAAUUGGUUCAAAUGUUUCAGAGAUGCAGGCCCUUUCUAAUGCCGCUAAUAGUAUGUCAAUAGAUCCAAAUCGUAAUCGUAAUACAUCUUCAAUGCUUGCCAUUAAUACGGCAGGACUUAAUGUAAGUGCAAAUGAAACUCCAAUGAGUGCAGGAUCAUCUACUGGAUCGCCUAUUGGUACUCUUCCUUAUCACCAUCCAGCUGCAAAUGCUCAUCAUCAAGCAUUGUUAAAUAGUCAUUUCAUGGCCGCGGCACAAUCCAUGAGUAAUGGAGGUGCUGGCUUAAUAGCUCCAACACAACGUGGCUCAGUUAAUAAUAGAAGAAAUGUUCGAACAGAUGAUGGUAAUGAAGUGAAUAACCAUAAUAAUGGAGAACGUCCUCAGAAAGUUUAUUCAUUUGUCGCGUUACCUGGAAUAAAUACCAAGAAGCGACCUCGUCGUCGAUAUGAUGAAAUUGAACGACAUUAUGCCUGUAACUUUGUCGGAUGUACGAAAAGUUAUGGUACUCUCAAUCAUUUGAAUGCUCAUGUCCAGAUGCAAAAACAUGGACUAAAACGACACCCUUCUGGUAAAAUUCAAAGAACUUCGAAAACAAUGGAGACGACAAAAACGAGAAGAGGAAGAACGAAAAGCAGCUGA